AUGGCUUCCUCUUCCUCCUCAUCUUCCGCCUCUUCCUCCGCCACCCAUCACACCACCGCCUCUGCGUCCGUCAUCAAUGCCUCUACUGGUGAAGCAAAAGUUGUUAUUGAGUACCCUUUGGAGAUACAGUCGUCGGAGAACGUCCCUGUCAUCAGUGACAGCCCCCAUUUACCUCUCCCUUUUCCACAGCCACAACCCACGCCAGAACAUGCAUUGUAUGCUCAUCUCUACCAGCUUCCAUGCCUUGAUAGGCCCAUCUUUUUCCGCGCUUUAACCCUGGCGCUACUAUUAACUCUUAUCACUUGUAUAUUCUGGUUUUUUAUUUGGUGUGUAGUCCAACCAAGUACUCCUCAACUUGAAGUCUCCUCCGGCGAGCUUUCCAAAGUUUCAAUCUUCAAUAACACAGCUACAGCCUCGUGCAAAUUGAGCCUCACUCUUACCAAUCCCAACCACCACUUGACCGCUAUAUAUAAUCAAAUGGAAAUAACCCUUCUCUAUAUAUCCUCCCAGCGUGUACAGCUUUCUAAAGACUGUUUGCCUCCCAUGAUUCAACCCAGGAAGAAUGAGACUGUGCUAAACACUGAUCUCGGCUUCUAUGAUCUGGAUCUUGGAAAGGAUGUGGGCCUGGCCCUGAAAGAGGAUCUGCAUCAAGGAACUUUCACUCUUGGGGUUAAGGUUCUUGCACUGGUGAAUUUCCAGAAUGGAAAGUGGAAAACCAAGGAUCAAUUGAUGAAAGCAUUCUGCGGAGGCAUCAUAUUGGUUUCUCUCCCUAAUAACUACUCGAGAAUUCUUCAGGAUCCCAAUCGGCAUUGUGCCGUUUAUCUCUUUUAA